AUGCCUGCCCUCGUAAGUAAAGCCAUUCAGCCCUGGAGGUUUGAGCAGCUACACUGCUUCUUCCUACAGAGAUUCCCCCCUCAAUCUCCUCUGUCCGCUGGCCCUUACUCCCAGGCCAUCCGCGCCAACGGCCAGAUCUUCGUCUCCGGCCAGAUCCCCGCUGAUGCCUCCGCCAACCUGAUCGAGGGUAACAUCGGCGACAAGACCCAGGUCUGCUGUGACAACAUCAAGGCCAUCCUGACCGCCGCUGGAUCCAGCGUGUCCAAGAUCGUCAAGGUCAACGUCUUCCUUACUGACAUGGCCAACUUCGCCGAAAUGAACGCCACCUACGAGAAGUUCUUCGUUCACAAGCCUGCUCGCAGCUGUGUUGCCGUUCACCAGCUGCCCAAGGGUGUGCCCGUUGAGAUUGAGUGCAUCGCUCUGGAGUAA